CUACAUCCCAGUAUGACAGACCGGGGGGAGCAUUACUGGAGGGAUUCCACUGGAAGAGAGAGGCUGAGGGGGACAGGAACGAGGGCAGCGCUGAGGUCCAGCUCCACGGAAACACAUCACUGCUUCUCCUCUGCUGGGAGUCCAUCUUCAUGUGAUCCAGUUUUUUUUUUGUUUGUUUUCAGUUGCAGCUCUUCAGACCAGAACAUUCUUCACUUUUCCCUCAGUCCACAGCAAGUCAUCCAGCCUAAUUCGGACCAGUGGCGGAUGUUUCCUUGAACCUGCAUCUAUAUGGGUGCUGGGGAUUACAACCUUUGCUCUAAUUCAGUGCCAGUUCUCCACAUCUCCCCCUGACAACUCCUCACACAGCUCUCCUCUAAGGAUUCUCAUCUCUUGGAAACCUGAACCGUUUAGGUUUUGCUGUUGAGUCAUUUCGCGUCUGGCCAGCUCUGGUUGUUUUAUUUUCCACGGGAGUUGCAGGAAACAUCAGGAUUUUGGAACCAAAGUUCUCUCUUCAGCUCUUCCAGGACCAGCCCGGGACUCCCCUGGACGGGUGAAAGAACAGAGCCAUGUUUAAGAUGAGAGGCACUGGGGUGAUGCUCUGUCUCGCUGCCCUGCUGGUCAUGGGCUAUGCGUUGGCAUCCGCUGAGUCAGCUGACACCGUGGCCUCGGUGGUCCAGGUGGGACAAGGCGGGAGACAUGCUGAUCGACGGAAGGAGGAGCGACAGGCUGAGAUCAGAGAGGAUGUCCUGAUGGAUGAGCCAAUCGCAAAAGGAGAUGCUGAGAAAACCAAACCAAAAGUCAAGAAAUCGCCAGAGGAAGUACUAGCAGCUAAGGUAAAGAAAGAAGAGGAAAGAGAAGCUAAAGCUAAGAAGCUGAAAGCCCCCAAACCCACUAAGAAGCCAAAGCCCCCCAAACCCACUAAGAAGCCAAAGCCCCCCAGGCCCACCAAGAAGCCAAAGCCCCCCAGGCCCACCAAGAAACCGAAACCCACCAAGAAACCAAAAGUCACCAAGGAGCCCAAGGAGACAGAAGAACGACUGACCAAGAAGACAGACAUAGAGGAGAAGGAGGAGGAGCAGAAGAGUCAUCCAACUGGCAAGGCAAUCGGCACCACAGACCAUAAGGACCCAUGGGAAGAGGGAACUCUAUGGUCUCAACAUGGGUCACCUACAGCACCAAGCACUGUGACCAAGAACUUAAAUAAAUUCGAGGAUAAAGACUGGGAUUCCAAAUUAGAUGGCGAGAUAGAGAUCUUCCCCGAUGCCAAGGAGCUCCUUCCCACAGAGGAGUGGCACCCAUUUAUCCCAGAGGAGACCUCCCCUCCACCUGUCGAGAUUGAAUGGUACGAAGAGUACGACUAUGAGCUGAAUGCAGCACAGAAGAAGCUUGAGGAGGAACGAGAGAAGGCGCGAAAAGAGAAAGAGGAGAAAGAAAAACAGAGGAAGAAAUGGGAGGAGGAAGAGGAGGCCCAUGUGAAGCCACCGCCUGUUUACGCCGGGCCAAAGAUCUGCCCGCCCUUGGGGCUGGAGUCUCACCGGGUGGACAGUGACCAGCUGCUGGCUUCCUCCAUGUCUGACCAUGGCUUUGGCCCUCAUCGGGGACGCCUAAACAUGCAGGGUUUGGAUGACAAAGACAACAUGUAUGGCGGGGCCUGGUGUGCUGACCCAGAGGAGCGGGAUCACUGGCUCGAGGUGGAUGCCCGCCGAGAGGUCCAGUUCAGCGGGGUCAUCCUCCAGGGCAGGGAUUCUCAAAUCCAUGAAGACUUCGUCACCUCUUACCAUGUGGCCUUCAGCAAUGACAGCCGAGACUGGACUGUGCUCCAUGACGGAUACGCAGAAUGGCUGUUCUUUGGGAAUGUCGACAAGGACACACCAGUGCAAGUGCAAUUCGCAGAGCCCGUGGUGGCGCGCUACAUCCGCAUCCUGCCGCAGAGCUGGAAUGGGAGCCUCUGCAUGCGACUGGAGGUGCUGGCCUGCCCGCUGCCCAACUCCUACUACUUCAGUGAGAAUGAGGUCACACCCGUAGAUUACUUGGAAUUCAAGCACCACAACUACAAGGAGAUGAGACAGUUAAUGAAAGUAGUGAAUGAGGAGUGCCCCAACAUCACCAGGAUCUACAACAUCGGAAAGAGCUCCCAGGGGCUGAAGAUGUAUGCCAUGGAGAUCUCCGACAACCCCGGGGAACAUGAGACAGGUGAACCUGAGUUCCGGUACACGGCUGGUCUCCAUGGGAACGAAGUGCUGGGCCGGGAGCUGCUGCUGCUGCUCAUGCAGUUUCUGUGCAGGGAGUACAACGACGACAACCCUCGAGUGCGCCGCCUGGUGGACGGAGUGCGCAUCCACCUAGUGCCCUCGCUCAACCCUGACGCCUAUGAGCUGGCCUAUGAGAUGGGCUCUGAGAUGGGCAACUGGGCUUUGGGGCACUGGACAGAAGAGGGCUACGACAUAUUUGUGAACUUCCCGGACCUGAACAGCAUCCUGUGGGGGGCGGAAGACAGGGGCUGGGUCCCCCGCUAUGUGCCCAAUCACCACAUCCCUAUCCCAGAAAACUACCAAUCAGACAAUGGCUCGGUUGCCGUGGAAACGCGAGCCAUCAUCGCCUGGAUGGAGAAGCACCCAUUUGUACUGGGGGCCAACAUUCAAGGAGGAGAGAAGCUUAUAACCUACCCCUUCGACAUGCAGCGCCCUCCCAAGAUGACAACGAGGAGCCAUGAUGGGAGGGUCAGGGGGGGCCAGGAGGCAGAGGAGGAGAUCAAUGAGGAAGCCUGGGGGCAGGCACAGUGGCAGCGAGAGGAGGGGCUGAGGGAGACCCCAGACGACGCUAUGUUCAGGUGGUUGGCCACGUCCUACGCCUCCAGCCACCUCACCAUGAUGGAGACCUACCGCGGCUCCUGUCACACUGAUGAUUUCACUACUGGCCAGGGUAUCAUCAACCGUGCCACCUGGAAGCCCGUCGUGGGCAGCAUGAAUGACUUCAGUUACCUGCACACCAACUGCCUUGAGCUGUCUGUCUUCGUGGGCUGCGACAAAUUCCCCCAUGAGAGCGAGCUGGCCCACGAGUGGGAGAACAACCGCGAGGCUCUGCUGGUCUUCAUCGAACAAGUGCACCGUGGCAUCAAGGGCCUGGUGAGGGACAUGGAUGGUGACCCCAUCGCCAACGCUACCAUAUCCGUGGAGGGGAUCAAACAUGACGUCAAAGCAGCGGCAACGGGAGACUACUGGAGGCUGCUGAAUCCCGGCGAGUACCGGGUGACCGCCCGGGCGGAGGGGUACACUCCCCAGUCGCGGCUCUGCCUGGUGGGCUACGAGCAGGGCGCCACCACAUGCACCUUCACGCUGAGAAAAUCCAACUGGGAUCGCAUCCGGGAGAUCAUGGCAAUCAACCGGAACCGGCCCGUUCGCGUGCUUCAGGGAGCCGGCAAGCCGGCCGCUACAUCAGGCGUCGGCAGAGGAGUUGGGGGCAGCGUUGAGGGCGAUGUCAGGAGAGGCAUUGGGAAUGGUGUUGAGAGAGGAGUUGGGAAUGGCAUUGGGAGAGGCGUUGUGAGUGGUGUGGGGAGAGGUGUUACAGGCGGUGUUGGGAGAGGCGUUGGGGGCGGUGUUGGGAGAGGCGUUGGGGGCGGUGUGGGGAGAGGCGUUGGGGGCGGUGUUGGGAGAGGCGUUGGGGGCGGUGUGGGGAGAGGCGUUGGGGGCGGUGUUGGGAGAGGCGUUGGGGGUGGUGUUGGGAGAGGCGUUGGGGGCGGUGUUGGGAACCCCCAGCUGAGGCGUUUGAGGUUGCUCCAGCUGCAGAAGUUGCGGCAGCAGAGGUUAAGGGCAAACAUGUCCACCACUCUCCCCCCCACCACCCAGCCCCCAACAACCACCGCGCCCCCUACCACCACCCUGCCUCCCACCACCACUUUCGAACUCCAGACCGACACCACCUACCCGUCCGUCACCGCCCUUAGCGAACAGCUGCAGGACACAUGGCCGACGCAGGAUUAUAACUUUGAGUACAUCAUAGACGAUUACUGAAAGUGGCCACAGUCACAGCGGGGUUACCUGGGACCCCCUAUGAAUCAAAAAUGUCUAAAAACACCCCCAAAAAAACCAAUCCAAUGACACAAUAUCCUAAAUACUUAAGAAAUAAAGAUUCAGCCCCUCAGACCCACACCUGAACAGUCAUUAGCCCUACACUCUUAACAGUUACUGGGUCAGGGGACAUUCCUGGAAAACAGAAGGAGGAUUUAAUUAAUAUGAUAAUAUACUAUAUAUAUAAUGUGUGUGAAAUAAACUUAGCUGAAUAUCCAACUGGGAAUAUAGAAACAUCCAUAAUGCUUCUCCCCUUGGCUGUUUUCAUCCACACAUGUAGAGGAGCCCCCCCUCUUCGAAAGCCCCCCAGCCACAGGACACACAGUCUGCUGGGCAGAGAAGUGUCUGCCUGUUCAGUGCAGCUUCAGAGGAUGGACGAUAGCUCAUCCUCUCCAGGAUGUAAAUACGAAAAGGUUUUUUUGAGGCCCAAACCAUGAAUGUACCUAAAAAACAAAAAUAUGUACAAACCAGUAAAACUGAUUACAGGCGACUAACCUGAACGGAAACAUUACAGCUUGUCACAAAUCCGAAACAGAAGUUUCUUCUUUGCUUCACGAUCACCCUGCCUUCUUAUCUGAUGCUUUUCCAAAGCCAGACAGAGUGGGAGCAAAAAAUUACAGUGGUUAAGUGUGGUAUCUCACUUAUGUCAUUUUUACACCGGAGCAGUGUGGAGAAAUGAGAUGACUGCAAAGAUGCUUUUUUUAUUGGUGGUUUUCUGAAAUGCUCAUUAAAGUACUGAGAGAGAUUUUA